AUGGGGACGUGCAUGAGUACUGGAGGGGCCGAGUCGGACUCGAGGAAACGGAGCAACAAGAUUGACAAGGAGCUGGAGGAGGACUCCAAAAAGCUACGGAAAGAAUGCAAGAUCCUGCUGCUGGGCUCCGGCGAGAGCGGGAAGUCGACAAUCGUGAAGCAGAUGAAGAUCAUCCACCUCAAAGGCUAUUCGCAGGACGAACUCGCCAGCUACCGCCCGACUGUCUACAAGAACCUUUUGGAGUGUGCCAAGGCGCUCUGCAGCGCCAUGCGCCAGUUCGACAUCGAGCCGGUCAUAUUCGAGAACCGGGCACACUGCGACUUUCUGCUCGACUACUCACUGGAUACGAAUCCGCAAGCGAGGAUUGAUCCUAAAGUGGGUGUCGCCGUCGAGUCGGUAUGGAACGACCCGGCAAAGGAACAGCUGAUGGAGAGACAAACCGAGUUCUACCUGAUGGACUCGGCCGAAUACUUCUUCCAAGAGGCCAGCCGUAUCGUAUCACCCACCUAUCUUCCCACCGAGACGGACGUGUUACGGGCUAGAACCAAGACGACUGGUAUCUACGAGACGAGGUUCAAGAUGGGACAGCUGAGCAUUCACAUGUUUGACGUGGGCGGGCAAAGAAGCGAGCGGAAGAAGUGGAUCCACUGCUUCGAGAACGUCACAUCGAUCAUCUUCUGUGUGGCGUUGAGCGAGUACGACCAGGUAUUGCUCGAAGAGAGCAGUCAGAACCGCAUGAUGGAGAGUCUGCUGUUGUUCGAUUCGGUUGUCAACUCGAGGUGGUUCGUUAGGACGAGCAUCAUCCUGUUCCUCAACAAGGUCGACAUCUUCAAGCAGAAGCUUGGGCGGUCGCCGUUGGGCAAUUACUUCCCAGAUUACUCAGGCGGGAACGACGUCAACAAGGCGGCCAAGUACCUACUCUGGAGGUUCAAUCAGGUCAACCGAGCCCAUCUUAACCUUUAUCCACAUUUGACCCAAGCCACCGACACCUCCAACAUCCGAUUGGUGUUCGCCGCAGUCAAAGAGACGAUCCUGAACAACGCCCUCAAGGACUCGGGCAUUCUCUGAUAACCGGACAACUUCUUCGGCUCAUUUACCGAUAUCCCACUCGAUUUGGAAACUCCACGUUUUCCGAUAUUCUCUCAGGCCCUGCUGCACAACCGAUCUCCGAAAGCUGGC